CCCUCUGCUGAAAGACUUAUAUACGUAUUUACAGACAUAAAUGUAGCUGGGAUAUUUCCCCAUGUUAUUCAAAACGCGCUUUUAGUUUUUUACAGUCUGUAUAAAUAUUAAUAUUGAAAUCAUUACCAUUCUUUGUCCAGUGCAAAUUACAACGUCAAAACUCCCAUGAGUGAGAGCCUGCUAUUUUGGCAGCACGUCGCCUCAUAAGAAUGUUAACUAAAGCAGGAUAAUUAAUGUAAUUUACGCAAUAUUAACACAUUAGACGUUGAAAAACACGUAUCCGUGUGGCAGCAGUGGCUUGCACGGUCUGGAAUGAAGUUAUUGGUCAUAUAAGAAACGUAAAGGCAAGUCAAGGUUGAGAGUGAUUCAAAAGCAAUGAAAUAUGAUUUCGUUUGUAAUCUCAGCAUACGUAAAUGGAAGGUUCGGCUGUCGCAGGGCAUUGUGGGGCACAGGAAUACGGAAGUGAGUCCGGCAGAAGGCGCUUGCUGCCGCAGUGUAUUGUGGGCUAGCGGUGGACUUCGGGGAACGAGCCCCGCUGAAGACAUGGACGUGUUUCUAAUGAUCCGCCGUCACAAGACGACCAUCUUCACGGAUGCCAAGGAGUCCACCACAGUGUAUGAGUUAAAACGCAUCGUGGAGGGCAUCCUCAAGAGGGCGCCGGAGGAGCAGAAGCUGUUCAAGGAUGACCAGUUGCUGGAGGACAGCAAGACGCUAGGGGACUGUGGCUUCACCAACCAGACUGCGCGGCCUCAGGCGCCGGCCACCAUUGGGCUGGCGUUCCGCAUUAGCGGGACGGAAGACAUGUUCGAGCAGCUGCGAGUGGACCCCUUCUCGAGCCCCCCGGAGCUCCCGGACGUCAUGAAGCCACAGGACUCCGGCAGCACCGCCAGCGAGCAGGCCGUGCAGUGAAGGAGUGCGGGGCUGCCCACGGAGAGCGCCCGCUACAUCAGUGGGCUUCACAGAGGGGAACGAGUAGCUCUGUGUGUGUCUGCGUGUGUGCGUGUAUAUGUGUGUGUGUGUGUGGCCCUUCACUUGACACCUUUACCCCUGACUUACAGUAAGAUGCAAACUUUACAUGUUCUAUUAACAUUGCCCCCUCUGUGGUGUGCGUUUGAGUGGAUUCUUCGGGGGGGGCUGGAUCACCGACACACAGUGUUCAUGUAAACUGGUACUUCUUACUGCACCUGGUUGCUCCUAUGUUAUUGUGUGUUGCCCUAAGAAGUAAUAUUAUAAUUUUGGACUGGGUUCAUUUCGCAGGGAGUCGUGGAGGGUGGGCUGGGCUGGGCUUAUGCGUUUCGUGUAGUUAGCACUCCUAGGGAAAUGUGCAUGAAACAAAAAGGCAGACAAAGGGGAUGCUAGAUAGACUCUUGGUGUACAGUGAUAAUAGCGGGCUGUUGCAUCGCAACAAAGAGCCGCUUCCGUGUUGGACAGGUGGUGUUCAAAGUGUUUUCUCUCGAUGGGUUCUUUGCCUCCCAUCCCAUCCCAUCGUGCACUUUGUUUUCUUUGUCAGGACUCACCUCUUUCUGUAAUAUGAGCUUGAAAUGAAGAUUCUUGAAAAGAACUUUGUAGUGCUUCGCUUUGGUACCAUCCCCCGUCUCUCCCCCCCGAGUGCAUUGACAGCAGAGGCCAGGAGCAGCUCUCUGGGUUAAUUUCCAAGGACGACUUUGCGCUACAUCCGGAAAUAGUACGAGUUGCUGGAUGGAUUCUUUUGUUGCACGUUUCACACUGACUGGCCCGUGUGCGGGAUGCAACGCGACUCAGUCGACACCGAGCUCUUUGAGAAAAUGAUCAAUACCUGUAUGGAAAUUGAAUAAACUUGACUGCUUUCUCUUUUUCA